AUGAAAAAAUAAUAAUAAUCUAAGUCUCUUUCUAGUCGCAAACCUUAAGAUAAUGCUAAGUCAGUUAAGAAACAAGAGAAACUUACUAAAAUAUAAGAAGCCUUUAAUUUCAAUAAAGCAUCUAAAUAUAUUGUACUGUUUUAAUUAUAAUUUUAGUUUUAAUCUGGAUUUUAAGAGAGAGCUUGGUUAAUUAAAAGAGGUUAUUAAGAUCGGAUUGAUUUUAAGGACUCUGAGAUUACAGAAUUGAGGAAAUAUUUUUCAUCCUUAGAUGGAGAUGGAUCAGGUGCUAUUGGAAUAGAGGAAUUAGAGGACCCAUUAAUUGCUUUAGGUUUAGUUAAUUCUAGAGAGGAAGUUGAAAAAAUUAUGAGUGAAGUUGAUGAAGAUGGAACCAAUGAAAUUGAAUUUAAAGAAUUUCUAACUAUAAUGAGAGGAGUUUAGAAAGGUGGAAAUGUUGAUUAAGGGGAAAAAAAUCCUAUUUAUGAUUUUUUUAAAAGUAAACUAAUACAUAAUUAUUUUAGAAAUGAGUAAUGGUCAAUUAGAAAAAGGAAUGGAUAAACAUAUACCAUUUAAGUUAAAUGUCAGUUUGUUUAGAAGAAAAUAAAUAUUAAGUAUAAAUCAAUAUAAAUUAAUUAGAUGCAAUAACUGGUGAUUAAAAAGAGUUAAAAGAUAAGGGAUAAAAAAUAUUAUAAGCAUAUAAAAGAUAGUUAUUGAAUUAUAAAUAAUAAGAUAGAAUUAAUAGAGGAGAAGAUCCAAAUGGUAAUUUAUUAAAUUUAAUAUUAGAUAUCUCCUUAGAUUAAUUUCCAAAUAAAGAUAAUGGUCCAAAUCCAAGAAAUGGAUUUCCUAAAUUAUAAAGAGUAAUUUAACCAGAAUAAACUAUUGGAAAUAAUCAUAAACACUAUGAUAAAUGAG